AUGGCCCCGAUCAAUUUUAAUUCGCACUCCACCGAUCAGUUGGAAUCACUGAUGAAACGUCAUCGAAAACAUUUGCCCGAUGCAAUCCCAUCGAAAGGCCUUUCCAAUGCCGCACUGAGUUUCGUGCAUGCACAGAAGAUGCGUUCCAAUCGACACCAACCACGCGACAGUUUGGCCCGGUACUCGGAUGUCACGUUUGACUCCAUCAAGCCCCAUCAGGUUUGGCUACCUAGGGUCGCUUUAGACAACGAGACCACGCGCAGUCAACAGAAUGUUCUUGAAUCCAGUUGGUCAUCGAUUACAGGCAACCAAAGACGAAUCAAUCGAGCUGGUCGACGAAGAGCGAAUGACUAUUGGAAAUCCGAACUUGCCGGUAUGCAGUCGAAUGUUGAUCAGCAGAAUUCCAGACCAAUAAAGGACAGUCACUUGGUUAAUGCGUCUGCGGAGACAAUGUCAGAACGGACAACUACCAGUUUCCCCAAAGUCCGUAACAAAGCAGCCACCACAAACAACAGUGUCAAAACCGCGGGUUCAUCCGGUGAACUAUGGUCUGGUGACGACCGUUUCAAGCAUCCAACAGAUCACACCCGGAAGAAACAAGAUAAAGAACAGACAGUUCUCUCUCUCCUUGAUUCGAUUGCCGAAAAUAAAAAGAUAUCUUCUCAACUGAGCUCGUCGUGGACGAAACUAGCAAACAUUGGUCUAAACGCGGAGCUGAGAUUGAGAAAACAGUCGGUGGACAAUCCAAUGAAUUGUGAGAAACACGCAGAAACAAGCAACAGUAACAAAACCCUCACACCUCGAUUGGCUCCUAGACAUCCUAAAAUUCCUACGAGUAUUGUGAUCAGCAAAAGAAGCACUCCGCCGACUGUCACAAAAACAAACGGUGAUGUCGCGCUCGUCUCGUCGAAGGAGCCAACUGACAGCAAACAUGCGACGCCUCCACUCUCACAUGAAAGCCAAAAUCAAGCCGUAGAGACGGUGACUGUAAAUUCAAUAAACACGCCGCGGUUAGAAUUCAACGGAACCAAAACUUCCAUCACCAAGAAAUCGGACGAUGUGAAUUUGACGACAAAAUCAUCCUGGCCAAUGCAACCCAAUACUGCUCUAAGCCUGUAUGGAAAAAAGCUUACGGCCUAUGAGCGUCAAGAACUGAACGAAUUUCCAGAAAUAUGGUUUCUUGGUUUGGACGCGGAAAAGAUUCAUGGGGUGCCCGGCGCACCGCUGAAUGCCGGUUACGAUGACGAACACGGUACAUAUUUGAAGGUAACCAGUGACCAUUUGGCUUAUCGGUACGAAGUUUUGGAAACCCUGGGAAAAGGCUCGUUUGGUCGCGUGGUCCGUGCUAUUGAUCAUCAAACGGGGAACACAUUUGCUAUCAAAAUAAUUCGCAAUAAAAAACGAUUUCAUCAACAGGCACAAGUCGAAGUGACCGUGUUGGAGGAACUAAAACGAGCAGAUCCGAACAAUUUGGGCCACAUCAUUCACAUACGGGAUCACUUCGUUUUCCGUAAUCACCUGUGCAUUGUGUUCGACUUGAUGGGGUACGUUUAG